GCACCCAAUGCAACAAAGAAACGAAUACACCAUUUUCAAAGCAAGAUCAAAUCAAAUGUUGUUAUUUAAUUCAAAAUGGUGCAAUUGAAAUGUCACAUAUUCUAUUCUAUACUAUCAACAUUAUAUUUUAUUUAAAUAUGUACGACUACGUCACAUAUGGCUAAUUAACCGUUACAAAAAUUGAGAAUCUCGUAAAUGAUUGGUUAAACACUCAUUUUUAUACAAGGACUGUGAUCAUUUCAUUGACGAAAGUGGACGAUGAGAAAUCAGUAAUUGAUAGACUUUUAUCUUUUUACAUGAUUUUAUAAUGGAUAAACGAUAAAUUUGCUUAUCAAUGUUAUUCAAGUGUGCAAGUGUUUACAUAUCUGCACACCUGUAUAACGAAUCAUUGGAAUUUGUAUCAUGAUAACGUUGUUUACAAAAGCAUGGUAACAGCACUAUGAUUGCUGCUACUUAGCCAAAUUAAUAAUGGCUAUGGCACGUGGUACAGAUUUGUUGACAGGAUUUUGGUUUGAUGUAUUAUUGCGGAUUCUAUUGGCAGGAUUAUUUAUCGAAUUAGAGAAAGCAGAACCAUUUACAAGAAAAAUUCACGAAGAUGAAUUGUGGUUAUAUAAAAAUCCAAGAACCGAUUCAUAUGUACCCACUACAAUAUUAUGGCCUCUUGUAUUCCUUAUGCCUGCCAUAGUGAUCUUUCUUGCUUUCUUAGUUUAUAAAAACAGAACUGACUUCUAUCAAGCUGUAUUAUCCGUAACUUUAGCAUUAGGAUUCAAUGGUGUAAUUACAGAUGUUAUCAAACUUAUAGUUGGUCGUCCUAGACCAGAUUUUUUUUGGAGAUGUUUUCCCGAUGGAAAAAUAAAUCCAGAUUUUAAAUGUAAUGGAAAUCCAAUAGCGAUAAGAGAUGGAAAAAAGUCAUUUCCCAGUGGACAUUCUUCGUUUGCAUUUGCAAGCUUUGGUUUCAUCGCAUUGUACAUAGCUGGUAAGCUACAUACAUUUAGCCUAACUGGUAAAGGGCAAGCAUGGAAAUUAUGCGCAUUUAUUUUACCAAUUUGCAUUGCUCUUGUAAUUGCACUCAGUAGAACUUGCGAUUAUCAUCAUCAUUGGCAAGAUGUGGUUGCAGGUUCGAUAAUAGGAUACUUUUUGGCGUACAUGUGUUAUAGACACUAUUAUCCACCAUUAGACUCGCAAGUAUGUCAUAAACCAUAUGCUGUACUUACUCUUCAAGUUCAACCAGAAAAUACAAAGAAUAGAAAUGAUCAGAUCAAAUGGAUUUAAUGUGUGUAUUAAUAAUUUAAAAAGAUGAACGGCAGUAUUAAGAAAAUUAUAAUGGUUUGAAAUUUUGAA